GGAAAACAUUGCAAUGUCUCUUAUGGGGUCAUGCCAUAUACUCCCACUCAGCUGCAAUUACAGCAGGCUUGGACAGCAACAAUGAAAGCAUUCAUUACUUUCAAUGAAUUCCCACCUUAGUCAACAAACCAGCAUCCCCUCGGAAAGAAAAAAAGAAGCAAUUGAAUAGGGCAAAAAAGGAGAGAUGGAAACCAAAAGAAAAAGAAGAGAGCACCAAAAGCAAAAGAAAUGAGAGGAAGAGAAUAUUACCCCAUCGGCAGCCCCACACCUUCCUCUUUCCUAUGCUGUUCCAACUCAGCUGCUGCUUUUCAGCUUUGCCUCAAUCCUCAUAUCUCUAUCUUUGUGCCUGAGAAGUUGUCCAUUCACACAAGUUUGACAGUUAGAUCACUCCUUGCUCAGACUCAGAGCCAGUGGAAUGAGCCACGAGCCACGAGCCACAAGCCUUCCAAUCCCCUUGCAAUUCCAGAGUUUUUCUCUCUAGCUUGUCCAAAAAGCGGAGGAGAAUUUCCUAGAGCCUCCCGGUCACUCUACUUAUGAUCCAAUUAUGGAGUCUCCAGGAUACCCCAAAACUUGGAUUCCAUACUUGACCACUAAAGAUUGCUCACGAGGUCUCUGCAGCUUUUACUGUACACAGUGGUGCAAUUUUGCUUUGCCUCCUCCACCAACUUUUCGAUUUCCAGAUGAUGACAAUUCAGGCCCAACUUUUUCCCCACUCGUCAUAGCAAUCAUUGGAAUUUUGGCCAGUGCUUUCCUCCUAGUGAGUUACUAUACCCUAAUCUCCAAGUGCUGGCGCGGCACCAACUCGAGAAGAAGUGAAAUCUAUGACCUGGAUGCGCAACUUGAAGAAAACCGCCCCCCGUCGGUCCAAGAGCCCUGGCAGAUCGCGACCGGGGGAUUGGAUGAGGCCCUGAUCAAGUCGAUCACGAUGUGCAGGUACAAGAAGCACGAUGGUGGGCUAAUAGAAGGGACCUGCUCGGUGUGCCUCAGCGAGUUCCAGGAGGAUGAGAGCAUCAGGCUCUUGCCCAAGUGCACUCACGUUUUCCAUGUGCCGUGCAUCGACACAUGGCUGAAGUCCCAUUCAAACUGCCCGCUGUGCCGCUCUGACGUCAUUUCCAGUGCUCCUAGUGCUUCGCCAGCUCUGACUCCUGCUCUUGCGACCGAUGGGAGCUCGUUAGGAACUGAAUCCUCCCCAGAGAUCCACCAGGAAGAAAGUGAAGAUGAUAAUUCACCGGCCGCACAAGAUCCAGGCUCAGCCCACAAGACAGUGCACAUAAGUAACAGUCCUGGAACCCCAUCGCAGAUUUCUAGCGAUUUGGCAAACCCUGAACGCACACAUACCGUAAUUGAGGUGAGGGAAGGAAGCUCGCAGUCGCAGCAUGUCAGGAGAUCGUUUUCUAUGGAUCACUCGUGUCGAACCUGCGUUUCAGUCGCCGGCAUAUCGCUUCAGGCGAACGGCGAAGAGCAGCUAGUCAUCGGAGUGGACGAGUGCACAGGAAAUGCGGAACCAGGACCGGUGAAGCAUUCGCUAGGGGAAGUACCAAAGGCAGAUAAUAAGAGAAGCCCUUCGUACUUGCACUGUGCAUGUGCAGUGAGUCCGGCGACCCUGAAGAGAUCACUAUCGAGCGGGAGGAUUUCCUUCCUCUCCCGGCACGGAAGGCCGAGGAAUGCUACAAUUCCUGUCUAAAAUAAAUGUAAGUGGGGACAAACGGCAGCUGAAUUUUGCUCUUUUUUUUUUUUUGUGGGGAGAGUGAUUGCAGCGUCAUCAGUUUGGGGCGUAAUUCCUUGUCUCCAUCAGCGAGAUGGUUAUAUAUGCCCACAAAAGUAUGAAUGCCAUGGCUGUCAUGGCACUACACUGUCAUGAGCAUUGAGCUACGGUUGAGUAUAGUGAAGGAAUCUAGCUGCCCAUUGUAAGGUAGAUCAUUGCAAGAAAUAUGAACUCUUUUAGUAGAAAGGAGCAUGCUUUAUAUGGAGAAUUCA